AUGGCUCCCUCGACCCGACCCAAUAUCAUCUUUAUCAUGGCCGAUGACCAUGCCAGCAAAGCCAUAUCCUGCUACGGUGCCGGUAUAAACCACACGCCCAACCUCGACCGACUGGCCAAAGACGGCAUGCGCUUCAAUCACUGCUACGUCAACAACAGCAUCUGCACACCCUCCCGAGCUGCCAUCUUGACCGGUACCCAUAGCCACGUCAACCUCGUCCGGACACUGGACUCGAAACUCGACAAUCGUCUUCCCAAUCUGGCGAAGCAACUCAGAAGCGGUGGGUACCAGACUGCCAUGGUCGGGAAAUGGCAUCUUGGAGAAGGCAAAGCGCAUCAACCAUCCGGGUUUGAUUACUGGAGCGUGCUUCCUGACCAAGGAGAGUACUGGGAUCCGCAUUUCAUCGAGGAGGACGGGAUGAAGCAGGUUGACGGGUACGUGACUGAUAUCAUCAUGGACAAGUGUCUAGACUGGAUCGACGAGAGGGAUAAAAAGAAACCGUUCUUCCUGAUGUGCCACCACAAAGCCCCCCAUCGGAGCUGGGAAUGCGAUGACAAGCAUCGCGACUUAUACAAGGACCCGAUCAAAGUCCCCGAGAACUUCACAGACAACUACAAGCACCGCGCUCGCGCUGCAAGAGUGGCGAAGAUGCGGGUGGCAGAGGACUUGACGUACUUUGAUCUCGGGCUGGUGCAGCCGGACGGUGGCAAGAGGGUUGGCGAGAAGAUGACGGAUCUCUGGAACGUCUACGAUCGUAAAGUUCCUGCGCCGGAGGACGUGACGGAGAUGAGAUUGAUGGAUCGGGAGGAUGGGACGGUGUUUACGUUCGAGACGAAGGAGGAGUUGGCGAAGUUCAAGUAUCAGCGGUAUAUGCAGAGGUAUUUGAGGACGAUUCAGAGUAUUGAUGAUAACGUUGGGCGGAUGCUUGAUUAUCUCGACAAGGACCCGCAGCUCAAGGAGAACACGCUGUUGGUGUAUACCUCGGAUCAAGGCUUCUUCCUGGGGGAGCAUGGCUGGUUCGACAAGCGGUUCAUGUACGAGGAGAGUUUCCAGAUGCCUUUGCUUGCCCGCUUCCCAUCGAAGAUACCUGCUGGAACGGUCAACGAUGAUCUUGUGAGCAAUGUCGACUUUGCGCCUACCUUUCUCGAGCUUACUGGUGUUUCGACACCAUCCUACAUGCAGGGGAUUUCAUUUCUACCACUCCUUCAAGGCGAGAAGGUCGAGAAGUGGCAGCAGAUCGCCUACCACCGCUACUGGAUGCACAACGACAUCACGCACUUCGCGUACGCCCACUACGGAUGUCGAGACCAGCGCUACAAGUUGAUUUACUGGUACAACGAACCGCUCGAUGCCGAAGGCGCGAGGCCGGCAGACGGCGAUCACAAGGAGUGGGAGCUUUUCGACUGCGAAGAAGAUCCGCUGGAGCUGUUCAACGUAUGGAGCGAAGAGAAGUAUGGGGAAGUGCGCGAGAGGAUGACAAAGCUAUUGGAGCAGAAGAUGAUGGAGAUUGGGGAUGAGAUGGUGCAUGACAAGGAAGAAGAGAAGGAUAUGGCUGCUGCAAAACCUGGUGUGUUGUCGAGGCUGUGGACGGGGAGUGGGAAGAGCAGAUGA